ACAGAGAGCUGUAUUCAGUGUAUAUAUUCACAAAAAUGAAAAUGCCUACAGUUGUAUACACCUUUCUCUUCUCUUUGUGCAUAGAAACUGUGCUGGGACUGACCAUAAAGCAAAACGAACUCUCCUGGACAAAGACAGAAGGAAAAAGUAUUUAUAUUAAGUGUGAAGUGGAAGGACUGAGUGACAGCAGUUAUCUCCACUGGUACCAACAGAAAAACGACGAAGCUCUCAAAAGGAUUCUGUAUUUCAGUAGAGAUGGUGGCACUGUUCCCGAUGGUAACCAUCCUGAAAAAGAUGACUUCACUGUGACAAAAGACUAUGAUCUGAAAAUAAAUUCACUGAAGAAGAGCCAUUCAGCAGUUUAUUACUGCGCCAGCUGGGAUGGUGUGAAAGUCUUUGGAUCAGGCACAAGACUUUAUGUGGAAGCUGCUGCUCCAGUGGGACCUAAGCUGUCAGCGUACUCAGUUCUCAAACCAAACAAUGGAAAGGGCAUACUGAUGUGUCAGGCCAGAGACAUGGUUCCAAACCUGGUGAGGUUCACAUGGAAGGAUCAAAGUGACACAGAGCUGACGCUGUCAGAGACAUAUGACCUACUGGAGCAGAAAGACGAUGAGGAGGCCAGAGUGACCAGCAUGCUCAUCAUAGACCAACAGAAAGCAAGUUCUACUUCUUACACCUGCUCUGUCCAACAUGAGGAUAAGCACGAUAAAAUCAAAAUCACAGCAGAACCUUUGAAGGGCUCUGAUUCUGACCCUGUCCAACCCUGCCCGCCCCAACAAGGUUCGUUGGAGCUGGUGCACAGACUGUAUCUGUUCAAUCUCAUGUACGUGUCUCUGCUGGUGAAGAACGUGCUGUAUUUCUGUGCUGUGGGGAUCUUACUGUACAAGAGUAGAGUUGAGAACAACAAAACUUUCAGCAAAACCAGUCCAACAUCAAACCAGGACAAAUGAAGAGUUUCAGAUUGUCACAUAUAUUUCCUUUUUUUAUUGUUUUUCUUAUUUCACUUGCUAGACAGAGAGUUAAUUCUGUUAAUAACAUACUUCAACCAUCUCUUAUACAUUUACACACACCUGCAAUUUACCUUUGAUUGCAUUUAUCAUGUUUUAACUUGCUACUUUUAAAAUAUCACUUAUCAUACAGGAAUAGUUUUGCAUUGUUUUAGGAAAGUGUUAAUGUCUGAUACUGCAGUUUAAAGCAGUCUAAAUAAGUCUAAUAAUUUCUUAUUGGUAUCUGUAAUAAAGUGUCUGUUGGAUUUUUUUUCUUAUUUUUUUUUAUUGGACUUAAAAUAAAUCAAAUAAAACUCUUAUUUCAGCA